GAAUAUGAGUUUUGAAUUUGUUGACAUAAUAAUCUUGAUGUCAUGAAGCUUUUUCAUGGAAAAAUCUGAAUGACCAGAAAAUCUCUGGUCAAAUAACCUAAAAGACCUGAGAAAAGAGACUAAUCAAUUCUCAGCUUUCAACAAGUGAAUUAUCAUCCAUGUUUUAGAUGAACAAUUAAUCAGUGAAAUUAAAAGUGAAAUCAACCGAAUCGGUUAUUUGGAAAAUCAUAUUACUCACCUGUGAAUAAUUCAUAUGAAUUAUUGUGAAUUUGAUCAACAAAAUUGUCUUUAACUGGAAUAGAAUUUGAUUCAAUUCAAUUGUUCUUGAUCUCUAUCUAAUUAGUCUCAAGAAUCUUUUGCCAAAAGGAGUAAGAAGUUAUCGAGAUGAGUUAAUUAUGGAUCAAUUGUAAUUCGAUUGGUCAAAUAGUCUCUGUGUCCACCACCAAACUCUGGAAUUGAUCCGAAUGACCGAUAACAUUGGAAGUUUCAAUAUCCUGAUGGGUCAAGGCUCUUCCACCGAAAGAAUCACCUUUCAAAUGAGUUGGAACAAUUUUCUCUCCCCCAGAAUCACAGAUAAAAGAUUGAUUUGGAUGUGAACGUUAUCAUCAAUCUUCAUUCUUGCCUCUUUUCACUAUCUCACUCAAUUACUCUCUCUCUCUCUCUCUUUCUCUCUAUCUUCCUUAUUCUGACUCUUCUCACUUUCUCUCAUCAUCUUUGCACUGUCUAAGGUAAUGGAUGGUAACAAUAGUAAAUAUCUUAAAGGCCAAAGGUCUCAAUCUACUUCAUCUCAAAUGGGAUUAUCACCAAUGAUUCUUAAUCGUGACCAUCGUCAUCGUAGUAGUUUACCCAGUGCUUUACUUGCUCCGAGUUUGUAUCAACUUUCUCACUUUGGUGGUAACUUUGGUCGUCGUCAUUCAGUUAAUACAAUUGCCGCUGAAAUGUCCGAUUGUGAUGUUGUUAUGGCCGAAUCUUAUAAGACCCGAGGAUCUAAUCAGUUAUCUACUGUAAAUGGUAAUAAUUUAGCCCCAGUUUCGGGAGUUACGACGCGUCGAAGUCCAUCAAUUGAUCUAUCUCAGCUUAGAUCAACUCAGUCAACAUACAAUGAUGACAAUUUGUCUCAAGCAUCUUUAUUGUUAAGUUUAGCCAAUUCUCAUCAUGUUUAUCAAUCGUCAAUUAAAUCAUCCGCUUCAAAUUGUGAAGAUAAUUUAAAGAGGACCAAUGGCAAUAGUAAUAAGAAUAUGGGUAAUCAGUUACAAUCCACUGGUCAGUCUGGAAAAUGUAACGAAAGUGAGAAUCAAAAUCGUGAAUCUGUGAUAUCGCCAUCGACUUCAAUCGAGUCUGGAAUGGACUCCGUUAUGGAUGAAGAGAUGGAAUCUCCUCGAACACCAUCAAUGAUCAUCAAUGGUGAAAAUAACACGAAUUCAAAUUUAGGUUGUUCUCCUUUUCAAUAUAUCUCUUCCUGUGGUAAUCGAAAGAAACGAGGUUCGAUGAACGAAUCUGCCCUUGGUUUACCAAACUUUCGACCUGUAAACAUAUCAAUUGACCAACUUCCAUCUCGCUCUUUGCAAGAUCUCAGGUUAACAGCUGCUUCAUCAGCAUCUUUAGCAUCAUCAGCUUCUGAUGAAUCAAAUACUAGUGAUUUUGCUUCACCAUCAACACCUCGUCAACAAGAUUCUAGUGGAAACAAACUAAUCAAUUCUAAUCAAAAUUCUGUUGUACCAAAUAUCAAUCAAAGCCAACAGUUAAAUGCCAAUACAGCUUCAAGUGAUUCAAUGGUGUCAGCUGAUUUUCCCGGAAUUGGAUUGAGUCCAGGUUACAGUCGCCAACAGUUACUAUCCGGCCCUUGUCCAAUUUGCGGUGAUAAAAUCUCUGGUUUCCAUUAUGGCCUAUUUUCGUGCGAAUCGUGUAAAGGCUUUUUCAAAAGAACAGUACAAAAUAAGAAAAAUUAUGUUUGCUUGCGAGGUGCGAAUUGUUUGAUAACCAAAGAUACUCGAAAAAAGUGUCCUGCCUGUAGAUUUGAGAAGUGUCUUCGCAUGGGAAUGAAAUUGGAAGCAAUCAGGGAGGAUCGAACUCGAGGAGGUCGAAGUACCUAUCAAUGUACUUAUACAAUUUCACCGACAACAAUUAAUCCAAACUAUGGAUUUGCCAAUUGUAAUAAUUUAAAUUCUGUUGUUCAUUCUGAUAAUAAUACCAUGAGAGUUCAACAAUCAAACAGUGUUGCAAGUGCCAUGAUGAUGAGCCAACCAGUAGGACACAGUAGUCACGAUGCUCGAAAUUAUUAUCAAACAAAAUGGUUGCCAAUGUCUAAUGAUUUAAAAUCAAUCAAUUGCGAUUCACCAGUAAAUUUUAGUUUAACUACAAACAAUGGAAUAAAUAAUGAAAAGUUUACUCUCGAUUCAAGCGAUUCCGCCUCAGGCUCCAAUACUUUCAGUCCAAUUAUACCUCCGAAAAUAAGUGGACUAAUCAAGGAAAUUUUAUCCGCUGAACAUCAUUGGCGCAGGACGCUGAGUGAAACUAAAACGUGCGAUUUAAGUAAAACAAAUCAUCGUUAUUAUAGUGAAAACGUGACCAGUGAAACAAAUAAAGAAGUGACUUCGAGCGAUAUUGAAAACAGUUUCUGUAGAAUCGCUGAUCAUCAUUUGUACAAAUUAGUUCUAUGGUGUAAAAGUUUACCUUUAUUUCAAGAGAUCUCAUUUGAUGAUCGAGUUGUUUUACUCCACAAUUCAUGGAUUGAACUUCUUUUGCUCAGCUGUUGCUAUCGGUCAAUCGCAACUCCAGGUUCCAUUAAGAUAUCGUCCGAUCAAGUGAUCACAAUUGAAGAAGCUCGAACUCUAGGAAUCAAUAAUGUAAUACAAAAAAUGAUCUACCUUUCAGAUCACUUGAGACGACUUCAGGUGGACGAAUGUGAAUACGUUUGUCUUAAAAUCAUAAUUCUAAUGGCAUCAGAUGCAAGUGAACUUCAAGAGCUAGAAAAGGUUGACAAACUACAGAAACAGAUUAUGGAAGCACUUCAAACAUAUUCGGCUUGUAAUUAUCCUCAACAUCAAUCUAAAUUUGGUGAAUUACUUUUACGUUUACUCGAAUUGGAAAAAGUUUGUCAAGUUGCCAGAGAAACUUUAACCGUUAAACAGAAUGAAAAAGAUGUCAAUGGUUUCAAUAUGCUGAUGGAAUUAUUUCAAAGUGAUGACCAUUAAGACGCAACAAUUAACUAAUUAUAAUAUAUAAUACAAAUUUUAUCAAAAUUCACCCACAAUCAAACUAAAUGUAAUCCCCUUUAUACAAUUUACUUGAACCUGUAUAAAGGUUUGAUCAUUUUAAAAAGCAAAGCCUAAAAUCAAACGCAUCUUCAUACAAACUGAUUAAAAAUAUUAUUUCAAUUUGAUUAA